AUGCUGCCUCCUGGUUUUGUCCCGGACAAAACUGUUAUUAUCGGCGAAGACGGUACUUCUGCACCGAAAGAAAAAUCAAAAGUUGUCAACGAUGACGAUGACGAAGAUUUUGAAGAUUAUGCGGGAGACGGGAUUCCGACAGUAAAUCUCAUACCUACAGCGUGUGAAGCUAAACUUAUCCAUAGUGGAAAGCCGGUGUCUGCACUGCGCUUUGAGCCCAAUGGAGUGAGAUUUGCUUCCGGCGGUGUUGACUAUCAGGUCAAAAUCUUUGACUUCCAAAAAAUGGAUAUGAGUCUGCGAGCUGACAAGGAGUUACUUCCAGUUGAAAGUCAUGUCAUCAACGACAUCGCAUUCAGCGCAAAUGGUGAAAAUAUGCUAGUUUGCAGUAGCAAAGCACAGGUUCAUCUUCUUGACAGGAGCGGUAAAUUAUGGGCAGAAACUAUUCGA